UUAAGCAUGUAACUAAGCAAGAACUUGGAGCUGCACAACCUUCUUUCCCUUGGCGCUACAAGAAACUUCAAGAGACAGUCAAAAGGAAAUUGGAAGGCGCACGUUCACCUCUCAAUGGAGAACAGCAGAAUGGAAUUUGUGAUGGGAGCUUUUCUCCAACCAGCAAGCGGAUACGGAAGGAUGUACCAGGCAUCGAGGCAAUCAACAGCUUGCCCAAUAAUUUGCCUUUGCCCUCUGUUUCUCCUCUUCACCAGCUUGACAUGAAAGCUCCCCUGCCCCUGCAGAACAGUGGAACUCAUGGUAGUGGUCUAGAAGACUUAGGUAAAAACGGUGGGCUUUCUGAGAUAAAGCUCCCCGUUAACGGUUGCAAUGAGCUAGACGAUAGCUUUAACAUCCUGCAGAACAAGGAGCUAAAGCAAGAGCCUUUGGAUGACCCCGGCUGCAUAGACACUUCUGAAACAUCUCUUUCAAAUCAGAACAAGCUCUUCUCAGACAUUAACCUGAAUGAUCAAGAGUGGCAAGAGCUAAUAGAUGAACUAGCAAACACUGUUCCAGAAGAUGAUAUACAAGAUUUGUUCAACGAAGACUUUGAAGAGAAGAAGGAGCCAGAAUUUCCCAGGCCUGCCACAGAGACUCAAGAGAGUGCAAGCGUGAAAAGCGAUCCAUCUCAUUCUCCAUUUGCUCACGUGCCGUUAGGGUCUCCCCAGGUGAGGCCUUCUUCUUCUGGUCCUCCAUUUUCAAACGUCUCCACAGCCUCUAGCAUAGCUUCUGUGUCCAGCGCCCCGCCAGCCCCCAUCCCUGCCGGCUCACCAGCAAACUGUGUUGUUCAGUCACCUCAAACUCCCAGCCAGGCCCACACCCCAGGCCAGACGCAGACACGGUCUGGGAACGGCUAUCUUAUGAAUCCAGCAGCAGCGGCAACUGUGGCAGGAUCAGGGCCUGGGCCUGUAAAUAUGCCGAGCACCGACUUGUCUCCAGCUGAACAGCUCAAGCAAAUGGCAGCCCAGCAGCAGCAAAGGGCUAAGCUCAUGCAGCAGAAGCAGCAGCAGCAGCAGCAUCCAAAUCAACCCUCAAGCUGGUCACCUGUGGGCCCUCCAUCUAGUCCGUAUGGAGGACCCUUCAGUGCAGACAAACCAAAUAGCCCAAUGAUGUAUCCCCAAGCCUUUAACAACCAAAACCCAAUAGUGCCUCCUAUGGCAAACAAUCCACAGAAGACCACAAUUAAUAACUACCUCCCUCAAAAUCACAUGAAUAUGAUCAGUCAGCAGCCAAAUAACCUGGGCACAAACUCCUUAAGCAAACAGCCCAAUAUGCUUUCUUACGGGAACACCAAACCUCUGACCCACUUCAGUGCUGAGCUGAGUCAGAGGAUGACCCCACCAAUGGCAAAUCCCAGCAAGAACCCCAUGAUGCCGUACAUCCAGCAGCAGCAGUCCCAGCAGCCGCAGAUGCAAGCUCAGAUGGCGCACCUGAGCGAGGAACAGAAGCGCAUGCUCAUCAUGAAGCAGAAAGGAAUGAUGAAUCAGCCCAUGGCAUAUGCAACACUUCCUUCCCUUGGACAGGUAAGUGUGAGUUCGCGAUAUGUGGGCAACCAACAAGAGGCUGAUACAAAGGCUUAG